UAUGCGGCUGAAUGCAAGUCCAUAUAUAAAAACAUGAAUUCACUCAAUCCCCUCUGCAUUGCGUAUAUCCGACAUGUCGUUUUCUGCAUGCCAUCACGCACACCGCGGUGAAUUUCCUCCCUGAGUCCACCACAGACUUCAACCGCCCAACCAUUCUCCAAAUCAAACGCCACUUGAGCCCGCAACUUCUGCAAGAAAACCAAUAGUACGGUUCUCUGCAGAUAAGCGAGUACCAGCUACCUGUUCAUAGUCCAAUUAUCGGCUGCGCUUUCCCCACGAGUUCCAUCUCCCGGGGGUCGCAAUGAACUUGCACAAUGACGCAGAGGACCGGGCCGGGAAGGGCGGAAAGCCCCCCCGGAAGACGGCAUUCCGAGCCGGUUCUUCCAUCAUACCCCAGCUGCAGCAGCAAUCGCAACGCGAACUUUCCCGCGCGCAGGCAAACGGAACCAAUGGCAGCAAUGGGGCGAUUGGCAACGACGCCGCUAGUCCUAGGGUUGUUAAUGAUGCCGAUCCUGUCAGCAAGGCCAAUGGCAAUGGUCCCAAUGCAAAUGGGACCAAGGCGGGCAACAAUGGUUCCGUGUCGUCGUCGUCUGCCCAGCCCCAGCUGCAGCGAGAGACGGAAUCCGCGAAGCUCACAACCACAACCGGAACCAAUGGCAUCAACGGUGCCAACAGCGCCGGCGGCACUAAUGGAAACGGGACGACGAAGACAACCAAUAACGGGACCUCCCCCCCAUCAUUCCCGGCCUCCAUAGCUCCAGGCAGCCGGCCCACCACGCCCAGCGCAUCGUCACCCCGGUUUAAGCGCAUUUCACCGCCCCCCACGCCGGGUGCCCCGCAGGUCAACACGGGCAUCGGGGAGGUGCAGAAGCUGGCAAUCGAGAACAAGCGGCUGGCGGGGCAGGGCAUUGGCGCGCUCCGGCAGCAGCUGGCCGAGCGGGACAGAACCGCCGCCGAGCUUGCCGAGCGCAAUAAGGAAGUGCAGGCGCUCAAGGAGCAGCUCGAGAAGCUCAGCCGGGAGGCCGAGGCUCUGCGUGGGGAGCGGGACGGGCUGGAUGGCAAGGUGCAGGCCGUCAGUGGCGAGCGGGAUGAGCUGCAGAAGGAGCUGGGAACGUUGGGCGGAGAGAAAGGCCAGCUGCUGAAGAGGGUUGAGGAGCUCAGUGGGGAGAAUGAGGGACUGAAGCAGAAGGUUGAGGAGUUGAGCAAUGAGAAGGAAGGGCUCGAGAAGGACUUGGAUGACUGGGAGAACUGGAAGGACUUGUUCUACGCGUCGCUGAGUGACCCCGAGAAAGCCUUGGCGGACAUCACGCAGCAGUUGGUGGAGAGCAACAACAUGCUCGAAAGCCUGCUGGGUAUGACUGCCGUGGGGGCUUAGGCUUGCAGGUAUUAGACAUUUUACCUAGGGAUACGACUGGUCCUAUUUCGCCUCACUCCCACUUGGGUGUUUCUCCUUUUUACUCCUGGCAUGCAUGCUUGUCCGACAGAAGCGGCGGUGGAGUGGAUGUUGUAUGUUAUGGCUGGCUUGGGAUAGAUCGUUGCGAAGGAGGUUCUCAGUCCAUGCUCUGUCUGGCUGGCGAAAUAUUUACACAGUCCCGAGGCGUUGCUCAAAGUUGCCUAUCUUCGUUGAACCAUC